GGUAUAUAUUUGGCUAGGUGUUGGCUUACAAAUAGCAGGAUAGAGGAGGGUUUGGUUUUCCUCCUCCAAGAAAUAGAGGAGAAAGAAAAAAGGGGUGGUGUGCUCAUUUUCCUCCUGAUCAAAAGCCUUGAAUGGAGGAACAACUCAAUCCUUUAGCUGUUACCCAUCUCCUCCAACAAACCCUAAGAAGCCUAUGCAUCCACAAGAGCUCCCAGUGGGUGUAUGCUGUGUUCUGGAGGAUCUUGCCAAGAAACUACCCACCACCCAAGUGGGAUCUUCAGGGAGGGGUUUAUGACAGGACUAGAGGAAACAGGAGAAAUUGGAUACUUGCAUGGGAGGAUGGGUUCUGCAAUUUUGCUGCUUCCACCUGUGAGCAACCUGGGGGAUCAUCAGCUCACGAAGAAUGCGAAAUUAAAGGUCUCCAGCCUGAGCUCUUCUUCAAGAUGUCUCAUGAGAUCUACAACUACGGAGAAGGCUUGAUCGGAAAAGUUGCAGCAGAUCACAGCCAUAAAUGGGUGUUUAAGGAACCCCAGGAUCAUGAGCUAAAUUUCCUGUCCACCUGGAACAAUCCUACUGAUUCCCAACCAAGGACUUGGGAAGCCCAGUUUCAAUCUGGCAUCAAGACUAUAGCUCUGAUUGCAGUCAGGGAAGGUGUCGUGCAAUUAGGAUCCGUCAACAAGGUGAUGGAGGACCUGAGCUUCGUCGUCCUACUCCGCAAGAAGUUCAGCUACCUCGAAAGCAUUCCCGGCGUCCUUCUCCCGCACCCAUCGUCGUCGGCCUUCCCGGUGACCAUCGACGGUUGCAACGUCCCUCCGCAUUGGCCCGUGCACGGGGCACCGCUCGUCCCCCCGGCGGAACUUUACGAUCAUUUCGGCCCGCCGCAGAUGAGGAUCACCCCGUCGAUGAGUAGUCUCGAAGCUCUCCUCUCCAAGCUACCCCCGGUCGGGCCGCCACCGCCAGGGUCCUCACCGGGCUACUUCGAGAUGCCGGUGCUCAUGCAGCCGCAGAAGCCGUCCUUGGGAGCUGCGGAAACGGAGAGGGCGGCGGCGAAAGAGGAGAUGCAGGAAGAGUAUGGGCAAGAGAGUGGCAUCAUGGAGUUGGGUGGUGAGAGCAGCAGCUCCAUGCCUUACUAUGCCAAUGUGACCAAACCAGAUGAAGGGUUUUAAGGGGUCUUCUGCUAUUAAGAGCUUUGUUAUUGUACAUGACGACAGUCUGUAACCUGUAGGAUGGCGUAAUGGCAGGUUGAUGCAGUUCUAAUCCCACCUCCUAGUUUGUGUU